AUGCCUUUCACAGCUUCCGACAUUUGCAAGAUCAUCUUGGCUGUUUUCCUACCACCCGUAGGAGUCUUCCUUGAGCGCGGUUGCGGAGCAGACUUCCUCAUCAACAUCCUGUUGACCGUCUUGGGUUACAUUCCCGGAAUUAUCCACGCCUUGUACAUCAUCCUGAAGUAUUAA